AUGGCGCUGGAGGACUUAGAUGAUUGGAAGGAACUGGGACAGGCGCAGGCAGGCAGGUUUCUUGCAUCGGGCGGUUGCAUAAUAGAUGAAGAAGAAGAAGAAGAAGAAGAAGAAGAAGAAGAAGAAGAAGAAGAAGAAGAAGAAGAAGAAGAAGAAGAAGAAGAAGAAGAAGAAGAAGAAGAAGAGAGGAAGAUAAAGUCUUUAACGUGGAAAAGGGGAGCAGGUGCCUUUUAA